UUCUGGAGUCCAAGUUAUAGAAAACCAAAAGAGUCUUUGGUUGAUAUUUCAAAAACUCAGCUAUCUUGAAAUUAAUAUUCAUCUCCACUGUUGUAUUGGUCCUAGUUUUAUUGGUAUCUUGCUUUUACAUUUUCUUCAUUACCAUCUCUCCCUUUCCUGAGCUUAUAACAAAGAUUAAAAAAAAGAAAGAGGAAAAAAAAAGUUCAGAAAAACCAACCAGCACAAUUUCUGAUGGCAUAUUAACAUAUGCUAGUCUUCAUUUUCCACAUGCUGGUGUUGCUGUUAGGUGUGGUUUUGGCAUGAUUUCCUUUGUACUUCCAAAGUUAGUUUUCCAUGCCAAAAGAAAAAAAAAUUACCCUGUUCUCUUUGGAACAGCUUUAGAAGUGGGCGGAAUUAUGAACAGGAGGCUGGACUGCUUUUCCAGGAACGCCACUCAGUACAAUGCUAAUAGCAUGACUAACUCAUUCCAUGACACAAUUAUUCUUUUACUACUUGCUCAAGUGAUGGCUCACUUAUUUUUGAGAGAGAGAAGUCAACGCAGACCUACAUUUUAUUUUUCUACCUGCUUAUGAUUAUUUUCAUUAUGCUAUUUGUGAAGAAAGUGAUCGGAUCAAGAUGACACUCUACGUGUUACAACUGCUAGCCAGUAGUUACCAGGAAUAUCAUUCCAUGAUUGGCCAUUGGGUUAUUCAUCCAGUGUUCUGAAAUGCAGUUGGAUGAACUUGCUGUGCCAUCAGUCAAAGCUAUUCAUAAAACUUUGAAGUAAGACUUAGGAGAAGAUCAGGAUGGCGAACUGUUCUGGCACCUUAGCAUGCCCUCACAACUUGACGGAGGAGGAGUUGAAAAGAGGUUUGGACAAUCAUGGGAACAUGAAGCUUAUUUUCUCGGUGUUUUUGGCUGUAAUGUUGAUAGUGCUGAUGUUUUCUCUGGGCUGUACUGUAGACAUCAAGAAGUUAUGGUCACAUAUCAGAAGACCCUGGGGGAUUGCUGUGGGUCUACUAUGCCAGUAUGGGCUUAUGCCUCUCAUAGCCUACGUCUUGGCCAUUAGUUUCUCUUUGCCACCAGUUCAAGCUGUCACACUUCUCAUGCUGGGUUGCAGCCCUGGUGGAACACUUUCUAACCUUCUCACCUACUGGGCUGAUGGAGAUAUAGACCUCAGCAUCAGUAUGACAGCUUGUUCCUUGAUAAUGGCUACUGGAAUGAUGCCGCUCUGCCUUUACCUCUACACUCGAUCCUGGGAUCUUGAACGGAAUAAACUCAUCCUGCCUUAUCAAAACAUAGGAAUUGCUCUCUUAUGCUUCCUCAUACCUGUGGCUUUUGGCAUCUUUGUGAAUUUCAAGUGGCCGAAACAAGCUAAAAUCAUCCUAAGAGUUGGGAGUGUUGUUGGGGUGCUCCUCUUGGUGGUGAUUAUAGUAGCUAGCGGAAUAUUGAUGAAAGGAUCUUGGAAUGCAGAUAGUCCCCUUCUGGUCAUCUCUUUCAUGUUUCCUUUGAUGGGAUACGUCUUUGGUUUCCUGUUGGCUCUUCUCGCCCACCAGCCUUGGAAGAGGUGCAGGACCAUUUGCAUGGAAACAGGAGCUCAGAAUAUACAAACAUGUUCCACAAUGAUUCAGUUAUCUUUCAAUUCAGAACAAAUCGCAGAAGUAUUUGCCUUCCCUUUGAACUAUGGAUUUUUCCAGACCUUGAAUGGAUUUUUCAUUAUUUUAGUAUAUCAGACGUACAAGAGACUAUGUAAGAAAAAACCUGAAGAAAAGGACCUUGAUUGCAAUGAAGUCUCCGAACGAAAGGAAACAGCUGCGGGGAGUGAGGCCACUUCCUUUCUGGAAACAGAUGAGGUGGCCAGUGUGAACCUGUAGCUGUUAUGACAACAGGCCUUGCUGGAGCAUUAUGCCAGAGUAAUAGCCCUCUCUUCAUCAAAACUCUAGUAACUGUUGGCCAACAAGUCAAUCCAUCUGCUUCAGAAGCUAUUACUGAACUGCGUGGAUAGAGUCUGUUUGAUUAUUUAAAUGUCAAUUGUCAGUGUAAUGUGAUCCCUUUUGGGCAAAUAUCUUGUUCCCUUUUGGGGGGAAAUUAAUUUGGCAUUUUAAUAGUCUUGUCUAAGCAGUAUCCUAUUGUAUCUAGAAGGGCCACUGGAUCAGAAAUCCCAUGAUACUAUCAUCUUGCAUACUUGCAUGUCAUUUUAUAACUCUUUUUUUUGCAGUUGAUGGCAUCUAGACUGCCUAUAGGACUCAUUGACCUGCCUGCUUAUUUCAAUUCAAUCCAGGGGCUGCUAGGUGGUCUAAUGUAUACAGCACUGUCACAGGAGGACUUGAGUUCAAAUCUGGCCUAGACACUUACUAGCUGUGUGACCCUGGGCAAGUCACUUAACCCCAAUUGGCUCUCCCCCAAAAAUUCAAUCCAACUCAAUAAACAUUUUUCAAAUUCUUACUUUGUUCCAAGUUCUUCACUAGGUAAAGUACACAUUUUAGAUAAUAUUGGAUCCUUGCCAUAAUGGAGCAGAUAAGUGUUGUGGGCUAAAAGUUCUUGAAGCUAUGCUGAUUGGAGUAUCUACUCAGCACAGGGCACAUAGUAGAUGCUUAAUAAAUGCUUGUUCCAUGCUAAGUGAAUCUUUGACUGCCUGGUCUAGUAUAAUAAAUUUUGGACAGCUGGAACAAAAGAGAGGUGGUUGUGUGAUAUAGUAGGUAGAGCGAUGAAACAGUCCUGGAGUUAGACCAGGACUCUGAUUAUGUACUUGCCAGUUGUGUGAUCUUGGAUAAGUCACUUAACUUAAUGUCUCAGUCUUUUCAUCUGUAAAAAGAGGAAAACAACACUUGUCUAUAGAUGCCAAUUGACUGGGGAAUAGUUAAGCAAAUUAUUGUAAUGAAUUUUUUUUGUGUGUUAUAAAACAAAAUAAAACAUUAAAUAUGAAGAUUUCAGAGAAGUAUGAGAAGAGUUAGGAAGAGUGGGGCAGGUUCAGGAAAAUAACCUACACUGAAGAAUAAAAAAACAAUGAAUUGAAUGCUAUGCAGUUAUAAUGACCAACCUUCGUCCUUGAGAAGAGUUGAGAAACUGCAUCUUUGCAAAGGCAAGUUUUGAAUACUGUGGGGAAUACUGUCAAUCUUGUCAGACUCGGUAAUGUGAUUAAUUUUGCUUAAGUGAUUUUUUUCUUCUCUUUUACAAUAUUUUUGUUACAAGGGAAGGCACAUUGGGUAGGAGAUGGGGAAAGGCUAUAUUUGGAAAUGUAAUUUAUGUAAAACACAAGGAAUCAAUAAAAAUAAGAAAAAUAAAUAUUAGGCAAUUAUUGCAACGAUCAAGAUAAUGAAUGUAUGUAAAGCACAUUAAACCUACGUAGCUCCAACUCCA